UUACUCUGACUCUGGUAACGUGACUUCCUGGUAACGUGUUAGGUAGGAAAAGCAGUAAAAAAGUGCAUAUUAAGGGAGCAGAUUUGAAAUAAUAUUUAUACUUAACAAGAAAUAAUUAAAGGUUCAAUGGGGAGACCUAAAGAUUUACGCAUAUGGGAGCACUACCGUACUUUACCAAACAAGUCUGUUUCUUGCAAGCUUUGUAAUAAGGUCUACAAAUUCAGUAAUGCUGCCAAAAUGCUUCAACAUCUUAUCACUUGUCCAAAAUCUCCAGAAACAUUAAAAGACUCUAUGAAACUUAUAAAAGAUAGCUCGUCCAAAACCAAAAUGUCUGGACUGUCAGAGAUAGAGACAAAUGAUUCUUUUAUAAGCCCCUCGUCGUCUGCUAACACUACAAUAAAUGCUGAGUUUCAAGACACCGAUGAUCAUAUAAAAACAGAAUUAGCGAGAGCUAUAUUUGUAACAGGGACGCCAUUAUCGAUGGUGCAACAUCCUUUAUGGAUACAAUUUUUCGAAAAAUUGCAACCAAAAUUUAAAAUACCUUCACGUAAAGCUUUAGCGACAAAAUACUUAGAUAAAAUAUAUAGAGAAAUGCGUUUUGAGUUAAAUGAGGAACUAAAUGCUUGUAGUUACUUACACCUUCAGUGCGAUGGCUGGUCUAAUUUAAGAAAUGAAGGAAUAAUAAACUUUCUUAUAUCAAAACCUCAACCUGCAUACGUUAAAAGUUUGAAUACAGAAAGUAAUCCUCACACUAGUGAAUACCUUAGCCAAGAAGUUGAAAAAGUAAUGAAAGUGUAUGGAGCAAAUAAGUUUCUUGUACUUAUUGGCGAUAACGCUAGAAAUAUACAAAAGGCAUUCGAAUUAACAAAACUCAAAUAUCCACAUGUUGUUCCUCUCGGUUGCUGUGCACAUAUCCUUAACUUGUUGUGCCAAGAUAUUGUAAAGAUACAAGAAGUAACUGUGUUUAUUAUGCAAGCCAUAAAUAUAAUAAAAACUGUUAAAAGGAGUCAACGAUUAAGUUCCUUGUUGAUAAAAUCAAGGCAGGGUGAAGAUUCUACACAAACACUAAAAUUGCCUUGUGCUACAAGAUGGGGAAGUCAUGUUACUUCGUUAAAAAGUUUGAAAGCAAAUAAGAUAGCUUUGCAAAUAUUAACAGUUAGAGAAGAUGUGGUAAUUUCAAGAGAUAUUAAAGAUUUAAUUCUAAGUGAUGAUUUCUGGACGAAGACAGGGGAAUGUAUAAGUAUUUUGGAACCAGUCACUGAAAGCAUAUUUUACUUAGAGAGCGACCAGAAUCGUUUGCAUCGCACAUACAUUACAUUUAGAGAUGUACAAGCUAAGAUACGUUUUGCAUUAAAUGAGAUUUCGACAUUGAGCGAAGAAAGCAAACAGCAGAUUCUAACAUCAGUAUCUUCAAGAUGCAAUAUGGCAAUGAGGCCAAUACAUUUUGCAGCAUAUAUUCUAGACCCCAGGACUCUAGGAGUCGAACUUACUCAAGAGGAAGAACUUAAGGGUAUGGAGUUUAUCUACAAUUUAAGCCAACACUUAAGUUUGUCAAAUGUAAUGGCAGAUUUGGCGUGUUAUAAAGCUAAAGAAAACUUUUGGGCCAGAGGAUUUGUAUGGAGCUCAUUAGAUAGCAUUGAGCCCCUAAUAUGGUGGAAAGGUAUUUGUGGUUCCACUGAGUUAAGCAAAGUAGCGAUUCGUAUUCUAUCAGCUCCCUGUACUUCGGCAGCCACUGAGCGUUCCUUUAGUAUCCAAGGCUACAUACAUAAUAACAAAAGAAAUCGACUUACAACUGAAAGAACUGGAAAAAUUUCAUUCAUUUGUUAUAACUGGAAUCUUAAACAUAAAGCUGAAUGCGAGGACAUUCAGUUUAAUGAAGAAAAUACCUUAGAAGCUUUCAUUGAGCAAGUAAAUGAACAUAACAGUUUAGACGAAAUAGAGCCUAUCGAACCUAUACAAUUCAUCGCUUGUAAUAACUCUGAAUCUGACAGUGAUUGACUGUAGUUUUACAUUUUACUUUCAUCUCUUUCUUAAUAAACUCAAAAUCAAAUUAAAAGUUUUUUAUUCUGUAGGCUGCAUAAUAAUAUUGUCUAUGUCCAGUAUAGUGGACGUCUUGCGGCUGAGAUGACGAUGAUGAAGUACAAAAUCAUAAACACCCAAAAAUUUGGGUGUUUAUGGGGUUUAAACCCAAUAAACCCAAAACACCCGGUUUUUACCCACCAGACUUUAAACCCACCCAGGUGGAUUGCCCAUCUCU